UGAAAAAGUGUAACAGCUGCUUUAUUUGCUUGAAGAACUGAAGCAUCGAACUGGCUCGUAUAACUGUAGUUAUGUUUACAAUUUGUGCCGUCAACGGAACGGGAUGAAUAAUCCGUGAUGUUUCGACAAUCCGGGAUUUGCUUGGACACAGGAUGACGACGGCAGCGCGAAUUUGGGGCUGGCGUUUUCUGAUUCUGGGUUUUUGUGCUACCACCGGUUAUGGCCACUAUCUGGACCAAUUCUACUGCGGUCAGGACAACUGUUACGAGCUGCUGGGCGUUACGCGCGAAAGCACCAAGCAGGAAAUUGCCAAAUCGUACCGCCAGCUUGCCCGGAAGUAUCACCCGGACCUGCAUCAUGGUGCCGAGCAGAAGCAGGUGGCCGAAGAAUCGUUCAAGAAGAUUGCCACCGCGUACGAAGUGCUGAAGGAUGAAGAAUCGCGCAAUGAUUACAAUUACAUGCUGGACAAUCCGCAGGCGUACUAUGCACACUUCUACCGGUACUAUCGCCGAAAGGCAAAGAUUGACGUACGGCUGGUGAUCGUGGUUACGAUAAGCAUCAUCUCUUGCAUCCAGUACGUAACGCGAUGGCAGCGGUACGAUACAGCAAUCAAGUAUUUCAUGUCGUUGCCAAAGUACCGCAACAAGGCACUGGAGAUGAUCAAUCAAUCCGCGAGCAAUGGUGCAGCGGGUGGCAACGGUGGAAAGCACAGCCGGACAAAGCUCUCCAAGGCGGAACUGAAAAAGGAACAUGACGAGCAAAUUCGCAAAGUGAUCGAAAACAAUAUGGACAUUCAAGGUGCGUACGCAAAGCCCGAAAUAAAAGACAUCCUCUGGAUACAGCUGUUUCUGUUACCGUACACGAUCGGUCGCUACAUCUGCUGGACCGCUCGGUGGAUCUGGAAGUUUAACGUGCUCAAGCAACCGUACGGGCGUGAAGAGCAGCUGUAUCUCAUCCGCAAGUACAUGCGACUAACGGCGGUCCAGUUCGAUUCGAUCGAGUCCGACACCGUUGAACAGUUUCUGCGGCAGCAACUAUGGAUCAAGGCUAACUUCGAACGCUGGAAGGUGGAGCAGGAGAACGAGAAAAAGAAACAAAUGGCAGACAAUCCACGGUACAAGGCAUACCGCCGGUACAUGAAAAAUCACGGCCCGGGACGGCUCACGUUCGAGGAGUGAUUGGCAAAACUGUGCUAUCGUUAAGAGCUUUUAUGUUUAUUGUUUUUGUUCUUGCUUUUUAAAAAAACAACCGUGCUGUAAAACGUGUGUAAUUAUUUAUUGAGCCCCUCUGGCAUACGGGAAUGACAAGUGGUGAUGAAUAAAGUUCGAAUUUUCAAUAUUUCCAUCUUA